AUGGUGCGGGGUACGUCGGUGAUUGAUGACGGUGCUUGGGACCAGCGACGAAAAGUUGAUGUCAAUGUUCAGGGACAAAUCAUACAUGGCGAAAGACACUUAGAACUCUCAAUCACUAUCAAGCAACGAAAUCCAAUCUACUCGCGAGCAAAUCCAACCAUCAUCUCCGGGCUUCCGGAUGUCACUGUUCACUUUUCUCGUUUUCGAGUUCUGAAGAUCAGCCUAGAUGAGGAUGGGCUCGACCAGUUUCAGACCGACAACUUGAUCUCAGCCGCGCAGCUUUUGGCCGAUGCUGAGGUUGACAUGAUCGGUUGGAGUGGUACUUCUUCGGGUUGGCUGGGGUUUGCAGCCGAUGAAAAGUUGUGUGCGGAUAUCACUGCGGCAACAGGAAUUCCCGCGACGACUUCUGUUCUCGCGCUGAACAAGGCCUUGCAAAAGUUUGACGUCAAAGAUCUUGGCUUGGUCACUCCUUACACAGAUGAUGUCCAGGAAGCCAUCAUUCGGAACUAUUCACGUGUCGGAGUGAGUUGCCAGAAAGAACGACAUCUAGACCUUACGGUGAACUCGUCUUUUGGUCGCGUCGACGAAACUACGUUAGACGGUCUCGUGAGCGCUGUGGCGGCUCAAAGACCAGAAGCAAUGGCAAUAUUCUGCACAAAUCUGAGAGCAGCUCAGAGGGUGGCUUUUUGGGAGGAUAGGCAUGACAUCCUCAUACUUGAUACCGUUAUCACAGUCAUUUGGGAUAUGUUGCGAGAAUCCAAGGUUGACAUGAAACCCUUGGGUGAUUGGGGAAAAUUGUAUAAUUUACAUGAGGUUGAGAAAUAUUUCUAA